AUGAAUUGUCCUCCUGGUCUGAGAGUUGCUACUACGCCGGCCCGUAACCUCAUCAUCCAAAAAAAUGACAAUGGAAAUAUGACAUUUGGAGGUACGGAUGGAAUAUUUCUAGAAAUCAUACUGAAAGCUUUGCAUCAGAAAUUCAAGCUGGUAAUCUCUCCUGACAACGAAUUAGGUCGCCUUCUACCGAAUGGAUCCUGGACCGGAAUGAUAGGUUUGAUUGAGAGAGGUGAAGCUGAUAUAGCCUAUAAUUGCUUGGCAAUCACUGAAGGCAGAGCCAAAGUGGUUGAUUUCAGUGUAGCUUAUGAUACCGACCAAGUGAUAUUUGCAAUAAAAAAACUUGGAACAUUUACGACACCAAUGUCUUUCAUUUAUCCUUUUGAUUCCGCCGUGUGGAUAUCUACCCUUCUAACAUUAAUGAUAAUGCCUAUAGCAUUCAGAGUCGUUUCACAAGUUCAAGAAACAUAUUUUCACCUCUUUAUAAAGCUUUUAGGGGCUAUCUUAGGCAAGUCUUUAGAUUUAAACGAAGAUUCCUGGAAAUGCAGAAUUCUGAUUUAUUCGUGGAGUAUAUUUUCAUUUAUAAUGGCUUUCAGUUAUACCGCAGUUUUUUUUGCAAUUUUAUCUGUGCCUUCAGAAAUACCUAAUGUAAAAAACUUUGAAGAACUUUCGAAUGCUGUCUCUAAACGAGGUUUCAAAGUUGUGACUGCAAAGGGCUCAGCAGCACACUACUUACUUCUCCACAGCGAGAAAGAACAUUUGAGGCUUAUUGGGGAGGCCAUAUACAGGAAUAAUUGGUACAUAGAUCCUCGAACACCUUUAUUCGAAUCCACAAAAAUAGAUAUAGAUUCAGCACACAUUGGUCUGAAGAGCAAGCUUCAGAUGAUAGCAGGACCUGAAGAAAGGAAACACCAUUUUUUGUCUGAUGAUUCCCUAACCAUACUUCCAAUGGCCGUUGCUAUGAAGAAGAACUUUUGUCUUGCAAGGAAAUUAAAUACUAUCAUCUAUCGACUGAGUAGUGCUGGAUUGUAUCGGAAAAUUCUUAGCGAUGAUCAUUUUCGAAAGUGGUUAGCUUUUUCGGAAAAGCAGAGGGUUGUUCAUCACAAAAUAGAACCUUUGUCUGUGAAAUUACUUUCGGUGGCAUUUGUGAUACUUUCAUGUGGUCUCAUUUUAGGAUUGAUGGCUCUUAUUGGUGAGAUUAUUUAUCAGCAAAAUUUUAAAAAAUUGUAA